AUGGGUUGUGCACAUUCAGUGUCCUACCACAAAUCUGAACAAGCCCUUUUCAUCAAGGAUAUGCCUGUCCACAAACUCUUGCCUCAAUCCGCCGAUGUUUUCGCUGAUCUGGAGACUGAUAACGAUAUGAAAGGACAGAUUGCAGUUGAUCAUAUUUUUGUGAACACCCGGUAAGGGAGUAUAAUAUUUACGACGGCUCUUUCAGAGAUGCUUAUGGACAGCCCUCGGUGGAUUUGGAAUCUCAGAACAUUGAUUGGGCCAACCAAUACAACAUCGUCUUCUCCGAUCGACCUUCUCCUUAUGACUUCCCGGCCUUUGCUGAUGAAAAAUGUAAAAGUAAAAAUAUGUGA